AUGAGUUCACGGCAGGAUGAAUACCCAGGUUCCGACAGGGACCGUCUGCAGGCAGACUCCCAAGCCGAAUCCCAGCGCGGCCGUCCAGGCCGUCCGUCCUCGACAUCACCUCAGACGCAAAUGUCUGCCAACGGACUCGGCCUUUCAAUAUACUGGGAACAACCAUAUGCCCAGUCCAACAGCUCUGGUGGUCCCGAAUCCCCGAUUGAUCCUUCUGCACUGCAAUUCGCCCUCCCGCCCGAUAUCAAUCAACCCCUACCGAUACCGCGCUUGAACUCCCCCUCUCUUGACUCUCUUGACCGGCCUUCGCCGUACUUCGAUGAGGCCACGAACCCCGACUACUACGAGGAUAGGGUGCCGCUUACGUCCAGAGCACAACCCAUAUCUGGGUCGCUCAGCGCAAAUACAGAUGAGGCUCAACGAAGAGACAGUUUCCAGACUGUAUCCGAUAUCGACAACACUCCUUCGAGGCCUCGAGACGCCAGAUCACUCGGCUACGAUUUGGAUUCCGGCGGUCGUCGCCCGAGUUAUGGAGCAACACUCAGUCCUGGAGGGGAGCAUAGACGCUCUCGCUCACCCUCUACUGCCAGCGCACUCUACAGAGCUGGCUCCAUUAUGCGAGCCAUGUCUCAGCGUGUGGUCAACAUUAGCGGCGAGGGCGAGCUUGUGGACCACAGGGUAUCAAGGAGCCGCUCCCCGUCCCCGGCAUCAAAUCGCCGCCAGCAGUUACACACCUCUGCCCAGAUGUUCACCGACCCUUUGUACCACUCUCAUGCCUCCCACGUACCUGAGAAGGCCCCUCAGCCGGAAAACGUGUUCGCCGACCCCCCUCCGCCUAUCCAUCCUCGGGUGCCAAUGAAGAAUCCGCUAAAGGGGAAGUCGUUGGGUAUCUUCCCUCCUGACCACCCGAUUCGUACCAAGCUUUGCGACCUUCUGGUCCAUCCUUUCACCGAGCCCUUUAUUCUCAUCCUCAUCAUCCUGCAAGCCAGUCUCCUGGCUGUAGAAUCAGCACCAGAUGUCUUCACUGAUCCACGGCCUGCAACAUGGGGAGUCACAUGGAUUGACUGGGCAAUGCUGGUUCUCUUCAUUGUAUUCACCCUCGAGUUGAUCGCUCGCAUAUUAGUCUCGGGCUUCCUUUUAAACGCCUCGGAGUACAGCACCAUUGAUCGCCAAAAGGGUGUACGAGCGGCAGUUGUCGAGCAGUACAGGAACAUCUUCCAGCCUCAGCGACAAAAGUCCGUCAAGACGCCACGGCAAAUUAAUCUCGGCCCCUCUGCGUUCCAGCGAUCAUUCACUGUCAUGCAGGGCCAAACGCUGCCCCAGACCGUCGAGGAGCAGCAGAGGUUUCAGCUUGCCCGUAGAGCCUUCCUGCGACACUCGUUCAACCGAUUGGACUUCCUCGCCGUGGUUGCCUACUGGAUCUCUUUUGCACUCAGAAUCACCGGAAUCGAAAGCGAGAGGCAUCUAUACGUCUUUCGGAUGAUUGCUUGCUUGCGCAUCUUGAGGUUGCUGGCCUUGACGAAUGGCACGGCGAUUAUCCUCAGAAGUCUCAAGAAGGCAGCGCCGCUGCUUGUCCGGGUGGCUUUCCUCAUCGCUUUCUUUUGGAUUCUGUUUGCCAUCAUUGGAGUGCAAAGCUUUAAAGCUAGUUUGAGUCGGCAGUGUGUUUGGCUUGACCCAACAGACCCGACCAAUAAGGAGAAGUCCUUCACGAAUGAACUGCAAUUUUGCGGUGGUUUUCUCGAUAACGUUACGGGCGAGAGUAUGCCUUGGGUUUUCCCGGCAGACCCCAAUAUCCUGAGCAAUUUCACAAACGGGAGCAUGGCUGGCAAAGGCUUCCUUUGCCCUCGUGGCUCAAUAUGCCUCCAACAAGAGAACCCAUACAAUGGCACAGUCAGCUUCGACAACAUUCUCCAGUCGUUGGAGAUGGUUUUCAUUAUCAUCAGUUCCAAUACCUUCACCGACAUCAUGUACUAUACGACCAACUCCGAUUACCUGCCCGCCGCCCUCUUCUUUGGCGCUGGCAUCAUGAUCCUUAUGCUGUGGCUCGUGAACUUGCUCAUUGCCGUCAUUACGUCUUCUUUCCAAGUCAUCCGGGAAGAGAGCAAGGCGAGUGCGUUUACAGCGACCGAGGAGCCCUUGAUGCCCGAAUCCGUGGACGAACCACCCCCCAGAGUGUCUGCCCUGCAGCGAAUUUGCGUCAAGACAUCGCUGCUUUGGAAUGCAGUCAUUACUUUUGGCUUGUUGGCCCAAUGCUUCCGAAGUUCCAGAAUGUCGGAUAGUCGUGAACGGUUUAUCAACUCUGUCGAAGUUUAUGUUACACUGAUACUGGAUGUUGAGAUUAUUAUGCGCAUUGCUGCUGGCUGGCGCACCUUUCACAAGAGCAAACGCAACCUCAUCGACCUGGGUCUGGCAGUCAUCACGACCAUCAUCCUAAUACCGCCAAUCCGCAACUCCGGGGAGACAUACGCCUGGUUGACCGUCUUCCAAAUCGUGCGAGUCUACCGACUUGUCUUGGCUGUGCCGAUGACUCGAAAAUUGAUUGUCAUGGUCCUUGGGAAUUCCAAUGGUAUCGCCAACCUGAUGCUUUUCGUAUUUCUCAUUACGUUCCUGAUGGCUAUUCUUGCGGCUCAACUAUUCAGGGGCGAAAUACCGAAGCACGACGACGAUGGUAACCUCAACGAGAUCUCCUUUUUCACCAUUUACAACUCUUUUCUUGGCAUGUAUCAGAUCUUGUCGAGCGAGAACUGGACCUCAAUGCUUUACAAUGUUACUUCUUAUAUGAACGAACACGAUACAGGCUGGAUAGGCGCAGUUUUCUUGGUUGGCUGGUUCAUCCUAUCAUUUCUGAUUCUCGUCAAUAUGUUCAUUGCUGUUAUCCAAGAGAACUUCGACGUAUCAGAAGAUGAGAAGCGCCUUGAGCAGGUCAAGGCUUUCCUUCAAAGGAAGGAGUUGGGCAAGUCAUCCAGCAGUCUCACCUUGUCAAAUAUCUUUACUUUUGGUAAAGCGAGACGAAGAAAAGACCCUCUGGAUUACGGACCUGCCAUGAUGGAAAUGCUCUUGAAGGAUGCUGUGGUUCACGAGUUCCUCGACGACGCUGCUGACUUACCACAAGACAGUACCAACGAAGAACAGUCGCCUACAAGAGCUCAAACCCCUCAUGUCGGCGAGGUUAGGCCUGGGUUUCUAUCGUACACGUGGGGAAAGUUCAAGUCAGCGUUCAGCAGCAAAGAUCCAAAUCCGUUUUACUCGAAUCUCCGAUUCGAUGGACCAAAUGACACUCUUGACCCGCGCCAAAUGGCACGGCAAGCCGUCUCGGCUACGUCUGCCCGCAAAAAAGCCCAGCGCGAUUACCUCUCUAGGCACCCUAGUUACAACAACUCCCUGUUCAUUUUCACACCUCAUAACCCUAUUCGACGAUUCUGUCAAAGAAUCGUAGGGCCGGGAAGAGGAAAUGAGAGAUUUGAGGGCGUCGAGCCAAACAAGAUUGCCUGGUAUGCUACUUCUGCGUUCAUAUACGCUUGUAUUGUUGCCAUGGUCGUCCUCGCGUGUGUCACAACACCACUCUACCAGAAACAAUACCAGGCAGCACACCCCGAGUUCAGCAUAACGUUUUGGUACGUCUGGACAGAUCUGGCUUUUGCCGUGGUCUUUUCAGUUGAAGCUGUUAUCAAGGUUAUUGCUGAUGGCUUCUUCUUCACGCCCAACGCCUACUACCGCAGCUCGUGGGGCUUCAUUGAUGGCAUUGUCCUCGUUACCCUGCUGGUCAAUGUCGGCACUUUACUCGCUAACGACGGUGCUGUUUCCAGAGCCAUUGGUGCUUUCAAGGCGCUUCGUGCUCUACGUCUGCUCAAUGUCAGCGACAGCACCAGAGAUACCUUCCACUCGCUCAUCAUUGUGGGCGGCUGGAAGAUCCUGAGUGCCGCUUUUGUCUCGAUAUCGCUGCUGAUCCCCUUCGCCAUAUAUGGACUUAACCUUUUCAACGGCCAAAUGAUAUCCUGCAACGACGGCGACGAUUCAAUCGUGCGCAUUUCCGAGUGCUUCGGCGAGUACAACAGCACACCAUUCAAUAACGACUGGCCGAUGUUGGCACCUCGCGUUCCAGCCAAUUCCUAUUUCAGCUUUGAUGACUUCGCUUCUUCCCUUUUCGUCCUCUUCCAGAUUGUUAGUCAGGAAGGGUGGGUCGAUGUCAUGUUUGCUGCGCAGGCAGUUACGGGGCGCGGAUUCCAGCCUAAGGAGCUUAACCGUCAGGGCAACGCUAUGUUCUUCGUCGUGUUCAACCUACUGGCGACCGUUUUUGUCCUCACGCUGUUCAUCUCAGUCUUCAUGCGCAACUAUACUGAGCAGACGGGUGUCGCUUUUCUGACCGCGGAGCAAAGGUCCUGGCUCGAAUUGCGGAAGCUCUUGCGACAGAUUUCUCCAUCUAAGAGCUCCUAUAACGAAUCAGAAAAGACAUGGAAGAAAUGGUGCCACAAGCGCGCCAUCGAAAAAAGGGGGAAAUGGUAUACAGCUGUCACCUAUGUCUUGAUCUUCCAUCUGUUGUUGCUUCUCCUCGAAUACCACGGCGAACCACAAUGGUGGACGGACUCCCGCGACGGGAUUUUCCUGGCGUUCACCCUCGUCUACAUGGCCAACAUUGCCAUUCGCAUCACCGGUCUUGGCUGGGCACGCUUCCGAAGGAGCUCUUGGGACCUGUACUCGCUGGUGGUCGUCGCAGGUGCGUUCGUCUCUACGGCUGUUCUUAUCAUCAGUAGGAACAGCGACACCUACGUACAGCUUCACAAAUUCUUCCUUGUCGCUAUCCUUCUGUUGCUCAUUCCCCGAAACGAUGCCUUGGACCAGCUGUUCAAGACAGCCGCGGCCAGCUUGACGACAAUUGGCAACCUGCUCGCUACCUGGCUCGUCUUUUUUCUCGUCUUCGCCAUUGCCCUGACGCAGGCAUUCAGUCUGACACGCUUCGGUGAGAACGAGGAAGCCAACAUCAACUUCCGCAGCGUGCCCAACGCAUUGAUUCUGCUGUUCCGGAUGAGUUGCGGUGAAGGUUGGAACCAGGUCAUGGAGGACUACGCUACUAUCGAGCCGCCGCUGUGCGUUGACAAUCCCGACUUCUUCGACAGUGACUGUGGUAGCAAGCCCUGGGCUCGGUUCCUCUUCGUCGCGUGGAAUAUUUUGAGCAUGUACAUCUUUGUCAAUUUGUUUGUGUCUCUCAUCUACGAGAGUUUCAGUUAUGUCUACCAACGGUCUAGUGGACUGGCAGCUGUGGACCGUGACGAGAUUAGGCGCUUCAAGGAAGCCUGGCGAAGCGUUGAUCCCGCCGGAACCGGAUUUAUCAGCAAGGAAGCGUUCCCAAGACUUCUGGGAGAACUUUCCGGGGUAUUCGAGAUGCGCAUCUACGAUGCCGAUGAUUCGGUAAGGCAAAUAUUGGAGGAUGUUCGCAAUGAUGCCGCAACAUCGGGAGCGCGCCACAUGUCCAUUGGUUCUAUGAGCAACUGCAGCGCCGGAAUUGACAUCCAACGGUUGAACAGGCGACUGGCUCAGAUUGACGUUGUCAAGGUCCGCGAGCGCCGUCGACGGUUCAAUAUUUUCUUUGAGGAAGUCAUGGUUUCCGCGGAUCCUGACAAGGGAAUAUCCUUUACUUCUGUCCUGAUGAUCCUGGCUCACUAUAAUAUCAUCAACGACAGCAAGAGCUUGAAGUAUGCCCUUGUUCUAUAUUCGAUGUUGGAAGAGUUCUUGCGAAGACGUGCCAGACUUCAGAGAGUGGAAGAGGAAGUCCGUCGUCGAGUGGUCCUUGGCUUCUUCGACACUCUGUACUGGACACGCAAGUUCAAGAAGCAUAUCGACAUGAGAAAGUCGGCGAGGAUGACAGCCAUUCCCCAGCUUGACAUUCCUCAUAUCCUCGUAGAUGACGACGAGGUCCGGCGCAAGUCUUCGCCAGUAGCAGGAACAGGCCAGACGCGGUCAGCGUUGCUGACGGUGGACGAUGCGAACAAAGCAUCUCACAAGAGCUGGUCGGGACCCGGGCCAUCGGACAUACCGUCCGACGACUAUCAACACCCCCUCAGUCUUGCAAGGUCCGGCACGACAACACCAGGUCAUCAAUCGACACAUUCCGCCUUCAGCUUUGAGUUGCAGGAGGGAGGGCAGACCUCGGGCCAGAGCAGCCGGCGGGGCAGUGCUGUUAGUCCAGUACAGAGUCCCGUCAGCCCCGCCCAAGUCAGCAACAUGCUGGAUGACUCGAUCUGGCUUGAGAGUAUUCGGAGAACUGCAACAGUCCGAAAAUCGGUCCGAAAAUCUGAUUGGGGCAGAUGA